AUGCCUAAUUCCAAUUUAGUUCCACUUGAAAAUGUUAGAAGAUGGCCAAGAGGUAUAGAUUCGAAUUCAAGUCUACAAAGUUCCUCAAAUAUAUCAACAGAAGAACAAAAUGAUUUAAAGAAGGAAAUUCAACAAACAAACAAUUUUCAAUUUACUUCUGGUGCUUGUACAAAAUGUGGAAAUUUUGGACAUUUAACUUGGCAAUGCCAACAAAAAAAGAAAACAAAAAAUGUUUAUAUUUCUUCAAACAGUUCUAAAGAAGAAAUUAAUUCUUUACUUAAAACAAACGAAAAUGUUCACACAAAUUGGUCUAUUAGUGAUUCAUGUAUUUCUUUGGAAUCACAAAAGGAAAGUUUUAAUGAACGUAUUCAAAAAUUAGAGAUUGAAAAAGACAAAAUGAAUAAAGCUUUUGAACAGAUACUGGAAAAAUUUAAUGAGCAAAAUUCGUUACAACAUCCAUCUUCUACUUUUUCCUCUAAAGAAUUCGUUACUUUCGAUGAUUUAGAAAAUCAUCCUUUUAUUCAACAAAUGAAAGAAAAAAUUAAAUUAUUAGAUCAAAAAACAUCUGAUCAGCAACUUAUUUUAGAACAAAACCUCAAUUUUCAAAAAAUGUCUUUAUCUUCUAAUAAAGAAAAUAAAUUAAACAAUUCUGGAAUUAAACAACAAAAAGAAGAAAAUAAUGUUUUGAAUGAUCAGAAAAUUAAAGAAGAGUUGGAAACUUUAAAAAUUGAAAAUAAAAAGUUGAAAAGAAAAGAAGAAAUAAAUAACAAUGAAUUAAUUAAAAUAAGAGAAGAAUAUCAAAAAUUAACAAAUGAAUUGGUAGCUUCUAAAAAUUUGGUAUCUUUACUUGAACUUGAAAGAACACAAAUUAGACAACAAUUUGAAAAAGAUAUUGAAAAAAUUCAAAAUGAUGCCAAUCAUUACAAAUCAGAAAAUGAACGAAUAACUGAUUUAUAUAAUAAACAACAAAUUAAGAAUAAAUCAAUGGGUAUAAAUAUUUCAAAUUUGAAUAGAAUAAAUCGAAAAUUAAAAGAAGAAUUAAAUAUUUCAAACAAUAAAGUAAAUGAACUUCAAAAACAAAUUAAUAAAAAUUCUAAAAAUGUUAAUGAACAAACUGAUGAUAAAUUCAAAGAUUUUGGUGGACAAGUUGACAUUAAAUUAGAAACAGAUUCUGAAUUAUUAAAAGAACAAAAUGACAAUAAAAUGCGUUUUGUAAAAAUCAAAAAUAGAAUUAAUAGAAUUGAUUGUGAAUAUACUUGCUGUGAAAAUAAAUGUAUAAAUUCAAAUAUAUCAAAUGGUUUUUGCAAUUCUAAAAAUGGAUAUGUUUGUGUUUUUGAUGUUAAUAAUUGUUGUACAAAAAUUAAAUAUUAUUUGACGAAUAAUAAAAGAAAGGAAAAUAAAUGGAUUAGAUUAUUUGCACAAAACUCAUUUUCCAAAGGUUGUUGUUAUGGUAAAGGAUAUUCUUUAUAUUAUUUUGAACUUACAAUGAUUAAAGAAGAGACUAAUAUUUGUUAUGCAGGAAUUGGUCUUUACAACACAACUGCAAAUAUCUCUGCAGUUAAUCACAUACCUAAUACAAACACAAAUAUAUUUUUGUGUAAUGAUGCAACAAUUAGUUGGCAAGAUUAUCAAAAAUUUUCAUGGGAAGAUGGAGACGUUUUUGGAUAUGGAAUUGUUUAUCCAGCUAGGAAGGAUCGAGUAACAGAACCUUAUGUAUUUUUUACUAAGAAUGGGAGUAAAAUUGGUAAAGAAAUUUUAUUGGAUAAGAAGGACGAUGUUUUAUGUCCAUUUAUUGGACUGCUUUCAUGUUCAGCUGAAAUUAAUUUUGGAAACGAUUUAAAUUUAAAACCUUUUCGUUACAAUUUAGCCAAUAAUACUUAA